CUCUCCCUCUCUCCCUCACUGCUGCUGCAGAUCGAUGUGUCGGUGGUAGUAGGCUACCUGAGGACGGAACCCUAACCUGUGGAUCCUCUCCUAGCAGCAGCAGCAGCAGCGCCAUGGGGAUCUCUGCGUCCAGUCUGCUGGAUGAGUCCAAAUCCAACUACAUCAAGGGUCAGGCCGAGGCCGAGCUGAAGGAGUUCAGUCCGUACUACACGAAGCAGUUCUCUCUGGCUCGUUUCUCGGAGCUCGAAGACGAUCUGGAGCAGCACAAAGAGAAGAUCACACAGCUGCUCAAACAGAGGGUGGCUUCUGAGGGCGGCGAGGUGCUGUACGAGGAGCGCGUCUUUUUCUUUGACGAGACCAGGAAGUGGAAGGAGAGGUACGUGGUGGUGAGAGCCAACUACUGCCUGGAAUGUCACGACGGCCUGGAGACUUUUGUGAAAGGCACUCCUGCCCGACAGACGCUGCUGCCCACAGGGGGCGCUGUGCUGACCACAGAGGACAAGUACAUGGCCAUGGUGGACCAGUGCUUCCCUGAUGACACCAGCGUGAAGGAGGACUUCACUCCGCCUCUGUCGGGGAUGCCUGCGCAGUUCCCCGUCUACCUGCGCCUGCCCUACAGGAGAGACUCCUACUUCUGCUUCCGGCAGGAGGUCAAAAGAGACGCCUUCCUCUCCAUCCUGUCCGACUGCAUCCGGCACCAGAACCAAGACUUCCUGAAGAAGAAGACGUGUGAAGUGCAGGCCUUCCUCAAAGCCAUCCAGCUCUACAGACAGGACAAAGGCAAAUACGAGGCCUGGGACAUGCUGAUAGGGAGCGACGUCAGGGUGAUGGCCAACGUGGUGAUGGAGCAGCUGCUGCCGUCUCUUGAGAAAGACAUGCUUCCCCGCCUCAAAGCCAAGAAGAUGGAGAGGAAGAGAGUCUGGUUUGCCACGGUGGAGGCGGCGUACGUCCUCAUCCAGGAGCAUCUGCUGGAAGGACUCUCGGCACUGAAGGAGGAAUGUCGAACGUCAGUCCGGCAGCAGGAGGUGCUCAUCCACUCCGACAUGGACCAGAUCCUCAACUCCAGACAGCAGCUGGAGGAAAAAGUCAGAGCCAAAGUGUCGGAGCGAGCGGAGAAGCUGUGCUCCGAGUCCGUCCAGCCGUACCUGGCCUCAGUCCUGGAGGAGCUGAUGGAGCCGGUCAGCUCUGGCUUCCUGGAGGGGCGGCAGCUGAGCGAACACGCCAUGGACCAGGUGUGUCAGGACGUCCUGCAGCUGGUCAACAAAGAGGAACUGAAGAAGGCUCUGGCGGACAUGGCCAGACCCAACCUGUUGGGCUGCUACCAGAAGAUCGGCUCCCUGCAGGAGAAACUGCAGCACCUGCAGGAGAGAUUUGGUUUCUCCAACAUUUCCGGAGUGAUCCACAGCGCUCAGAUCGACCUACAGCAGCUGACUGAGAACGCAGCCUACACGUUCGAGCAGCUGCUCCACAAAGUCUUCCAGGACAACCCCGAUAACCCCGGCUCUGCCGUCGAGAAGGCCAAACACAGAGUGCUCAAGCAAUACGACUAUGACAGCAGCACAGUGAGGAAGAGGAUCUCCAGGGAGGCGCUCGUCUCCAUCACUCUGCCCUUCAUCAAGAAGAACCUGGCAUCCUGCAAAGCUGAGCUUCAGGAUAUCGAGCAGUCACUCGACGGCGACUACACCAACUACAUCCAUGUUGAGAAUGUCUAUGAGCGCAUCCUCCUGCAAUCUCUGGACAAGGAGGUCAUCAAAGUGGUGAAGGAGGCGGCCAGCCUGAAGAAGUACAACCUGUUCACAGACAGCAGAGACCUGCUCAGUCAGUCCAGCCGCUCCAGCCUCUCCUCCCCGGCCGUUUCCUCCUCUGAAACCUCCGUUGAGCCCCCGUCUCCUCUCGUGGCCAACGGCCUGCCGCACAGCCCCCUGGAGGAAAGGUCGCCGGAGAAGAGCGAAGACUCGCCGGACGCGCCCGUUAUUGACACGCCCACUACUGACACGCCCACUACUGACACGCCUGUUAUUGACACGCCCAUUUUUGACACGCCUGUUAAUGACAUGCCCGUUAUUGACACGCCCACUACUGACACGCCCGUUACUGACACACCCGUUAUUUACACGACCAUUACUGACACGCCCAUUACUGACGCGCCUGUUAUUGACACACCCAUUACUGACACGCCCACUACUGACACGCCUAUUACUGACACGCCUGUUAUUGACACGCCCGUUAUUGACACGCCCACUACUGACACACCCGUUACUGACACACCCGUUAUUUACACGACCAUUACUGACACGCCCAUUACUGACGCGCCCGUUAUUGACACGCCCGUUAUUGACACGCCCGUUAUUGACACACCCAUUACUGACACGCCCACUACUGACACGCCUAUUACUGACACGCCUGUUAUUGACACGCCCGUUAUUGACACGCCCACUACUGACACACCCGUUACUGACGCGUCUGUUAUUGACACGCCCACUACUGACACGCCCGUUACUGACGCGCCUGUUAUUGACACGUCCGUUAUUGACACGCCCACUACUGACACGCCCAUUACUGACACGCCCAUUACUGACGCGCCUGUUACUGACACGCCCGUUAUUGACACACCCCUGGGUGAGGUUGAACAAAAAGAUGCCGCUCAGAGUGCCGCUGUCGGCGAGGAGGCAGCUGCAGUUUCUCCUGCAGUAGCAGAUUCAUCCGACGCCAGCGGGUCACAGGAGGUCAACGCAGAAGCGUCUCCAGAGGCCGUGAUCCGAGAGGAAGAGAUUCCUGUCGAAACCGAAACGGUGGAGACGGUCGCCGAGCCUCAGGCGCAGAGGACGGAUGCUCCAAAAGAGACAGAAGUCACUUUGUCAGGAAUCCCCGUUGUUGUGGAGAGCAUAAAGACGGAUGGAGAAGAAGCAGCACAGGUGGAGGCUCCAGUACCAAGUUCUGGUCCUCCGAAUGGACCAGCCUCCCCAUCAGCAGAGGGCACUGGUUCCCAAACUGCAGCCAGCAGUGAAGGAGAGACGAUCAAGUUAGAGACUCCCUCUGGUGGUCAAGCCCCUGAACUCACAUCUGCAGACAUCUGCCCCAAUUCUAAGGACGUGUCGGUGGGAAGCGAGUCGGCCCCGUUAGACGUGGAGGACGCGAAGACGACACCGAGCAGCGGGGACGAAGCCUCGUCGACCUCCGACGCGGGCGGAUCACCUGUGACCUCGGUCGACCCCGCCGGGGACAAAGCCGCGAGCGACGAGCCGUCUCCCGAGGCCCAGCGGGAAGCGGAGCCGGCAGAUGCCGCAGCCUCCCAGCCUUCUGAGCCCGCCGGCUGCAUCAAGGAGAUCCGUGACCUGGCGGUGGAGGAGAUGGUGCAGCGGUGCCCGGACGUAGUUCCAAAAGAGGAGGAAUGAGGCAUUAUGAUGAUUCCUGUUCUCUCAGCAAAGAUGGGGGACAAAAGGGAUUCAGGAUGAAACCAAAUCAUGACCAGAGUAGAACCUUCAUCCUCAAACUCUAAACUCAAAACAUUUGCUCUCAGAGCAGAAACAGGACGAACAAAGACUCCUGAGAAACUUUCACAAAAGCUUCCAUGAACCUAUUUUUUUUUUUUUCAACACAUAUGCAUGAAAUUAUUGUAAAUUAUUUAUACAAAUCAAUAUAUCAGCUGUGUCGGGUGUAUAUAAACUAGCAUGUCGGUUUCAUUCAGUGAAUUCCUUUUAACACUGCAACUAGCUAACAAUUUCGGGAGGAAGUUUCUGGAAAUUGCAUUAUGCUUUGGUAGAUUAUGAAUCUAUUUCAAAGGACCAGUUCGACAUUUUAGAGAAUGUUGUUAUGCACUUUUUUUUCUGAGCAUGAUGUGAAGAUGGACAUCAAUCUCUGUAUAUAUAGUCCGCGUAUGAGCUGGAGUCAGGACGUUGUUAGCUUAGCUUAGCAGGGGAGACGGCUACAUUUGAAAAUACACCUACAAACACCGCAUUUUAUUAAUCUCUCGGCUCUAGACGCAGACAAGAGAUUUGUAUCCAUCUAAAUAUCUCACAAAAAAAGAAGAACAUGAAUGAAUUCCCUAAAAAAUAAGAUUUCUGAAAACGGACUGAGUUUUAGAUGGUUCAGAAACUUCUAUAAAGGAUAUUUAAAUAUAUAAGACUACACGUCCAAAUGUCAUUUAAAAGCUCUCGUUUCCAAAAAAAGGUGCAGGAUAUGAGAUUUGUUGUAGAUGAGUAUUUCUAUUGCUAAUGUUGCUAACCGCAGCGAAAAUUGCUGACUGAGCUAACGGUGUUCAGCGGAGGGUGGAUGCUACGUUUCCACGCCGGCGGGUCGGGAUGGCUGUGAGCUCGCGAGUGGGGGCCAUGAACUAAAACACAGAGGGAAAGCGACUCCAUUCUCAGCUCCAGGACACAUUCAUCCUCCGUAUUGUAUUAAUGCUCUGAAUGUUGAAUGUGGGUUCUUCAAUGUGAUUUCUUUUUUUAAACCUACUGAAGUUCUUUCUUUUUGUUUUUGUGGCGAAAAAGGAAACUGAAGAAGUAGCUCAUCAUAAUGCCUUUACAGCACCUCCAUGUGGCCUCCUCGUGCCUUACGUCACACAAUGAAGGAAACCGGCUGUCACGUGGAAGCGGUUGCCGUAGAGACGGGUCCGAGUCUCGACACCUGUGCCUUCUACCUGUGUAGAGCAUCCUACGCGGACGUGGUUGGUGGGACAGUUUACAGUGCGAGUACAGGGUGAAACACAUGACCAUUUACUGUCGACGGGGAUAAUAAAAUAAGAGUGUGAAAAAACGAACACAGCCUCAAACUAUGUGUAUGUAAACUCUUUGUUUUGUUGAUGUGGGGAAAACAAACACAAAAAAUGAAUGGAUAUAUUUGCCAAUAAAACAAAUGCAGCAUGA